GUGCAGACGGCUGUUAAAAAGCUAAAAUGUAAAUGAGAUAGAAGAAGAGGAGGGGCCCGAGCUGGAGUGAGAGGUCCUGUGUGAAGGGAGCGAUGGAUCCUGAGCCUUGUUCAUCUUCCCACGCCACUCUCUGGACUCACUGACUGUGUGCUUCUCUUGUAAUGGCCACUGUAAAGGAGAGUCUUGAGCUCCAGACUGCCUCUGCCAAGAUACCCCCUCCAGAGGACCCUAAUUCAUGCUCUAGCAAAGAAGACUGGGGAGAAAGCUGCCCGGAACCCAGUGAGGAAACUCUGGGUGAUGCAGGGGAGACAGCCCCCACAGACCCAGAAUCGGUGGAGGAGAGAUUCAGGAUCGACAGGAAGAAACUGGAAACUAUGUUACACACCCCUGGAGAUGAAAAUCACUUAACUGGUGAAGAAUUCUUUCAAAAGGUGAUGACUGAAACCAACACACAGAUCAAAUGGCCUUCCAAGCUGAAGAUAGGUGCUAAAUCGAAGAAGGAUCCACAUGUUAAGGUGGAAGGGAAAAAAGCUGAUGUCCUGGAAGCCAAGAAGAUGAUAUUAGAGGUUUUGGAAACAAAGGUUAACAAGGUGACCCUGAAGAUGGACGUGGCCCACACUGAGCACUCCCAUGUAAUCGGGAAAGGGGGCGGCAACAUUAAGAAGGUCAUGGAGGAAACAGGCUGCCAUAUCCACUUCCCCGACUCUAACCGAAACAAUGUCCAUCUGGAGAAGAGCAAUCAGGUUUCUAUAGCUGGAUCACUGUCUGGUGUGGAGUCUGCCAGGAGAAGAAUAAGGGACCUGCAACCUUUGGUUCUAAGCUUUGACCUGCCAAUGAGAAUGGUCUCUCACACAGUACCAGAUGUGAACUCUCCUGUGAUCCAUCACAUCAGCCAGGCCUUUAAUAUCAGCGUGAGCUUCAGACAGCAGCCAAAACUCUACAGCACCACCUGUCUAGUGAGAGGACUGCAGGGGAACUGUGUCUCUAUCCAGAAAGCCACUGCGGUGCUAAUGGAGCUGCUGCUAGGUGCAGAUCCCAGCGUCAGUGUCAGCACCCAGGUCGACCUCACCUCCCAGCAGCAUGUCUUCCUUAUGGGACAGAAUGGAGCCAACUUCAUCAAUAUCAUGCACAUGACCCAGACACAGAUUGUGUUUCCAGACCUGAACUGUCCACAGAACAGAGCCAUGCUGCUCAUACAGGGCACUGCAGACACUGUCUGUCUGGCCAAGCAGCAGCUGCAGGACUGCCUCCCACUCUGCUUGAUGUUCGAUCUGAAGGAGGAUGCUGAGGUGGAGCCCCACAAACUCAGUCAGAUGAUGCAGAACCUUGGAGUUUUCAUCAGCAUCAAACCCAAAGUGAAGCAGACAGCCAAGUCUGUUGUAGUGAAGAGUUUGGAACGAAACACUGUCAACAUGUAUGAAGCCAGAAGAUUGCUGUUGGGCCUAGACACCAGUGAGGUUGCCAUGGCAACAAAGCCUGCCUGUGACAUUCCCUUAACAAAUGGCCUAACUAAUUAUUGGCUGAAUUUGGUAACACAACAACUGAGCUUCACUGAUUCAGGACCUGUCCCCUCGUUUGGAGCUGUGGUAAAUGCUGUACUGCAGGCUAAAGCCAAACCAGCACCCCCUCCUGGUCUCACCCUGCAACAUCAAGCAGACAGAGAAUCACAAAAGAAUAAUGGGAAGAAACCCACUGAAAUGAAUAAAAAUAUGCUUUCAGAGGCUGAGGAUUUGCAGAGCACCCCCACAGCAGACAGACCAUCUGCAGACACGGUGCCAGAGUCUGAAGAAACACAGGGCACGGGGGUGGGCAUAAGCAGAAGAAGCAGCCAAUCAGAGAACAGCAAAGAGCCCUGGCAGGAAGGAAGUACAGCAGCCUCACGUCAAAACACUGCACUUCAGAACUUGAAAGAAUUAUUGCUAAAAUGUGAUUUCGGAAGCGACUACUCAGAGAAACCAAGCAAUUUAAGGAAAGACAUAAUUGAACUACCGGAAACAGACCCAGAUGCUAUAAAAAAUGAGGAUUAUGAUUAUGAAAAAAAGAAACUUUUAGCAACACGAGCGAUGCUGAAGAAACCGGUGGAGACUGAGGUGCGGACACCCACAGACACCUGGAGUGGGCUGGGCUUUUCCAAGUCAAUGCCAGCAGAGGCCGUGAAGGAGCUGCGAUGUCUGAACCGCCGGAGCUACAAGUCUUACCUUGGGAACAACUUACAGGAGCGGAGUUUGCAGGAAUCCUUCAGUAGAGAGAGUCUGGCCAGCGGCAGUGACUCUGAGAACUGGAGGGAGCGAAGGGACUCUGCAUCUUCCUCAUCUGCUCUCUCAUCUUCCUCAGCCUCCUCCUUCCCUGUCUUUGCCUCCUCAUCCUUGAGAAGCAGAGGUGACAAAUCCUCAGAGUUGUUCCACAGCAGCAGUAAUUACUUUGACAGCAUCUCAUCUCUGACCUGCUCCAGCAACUGCUGCUCCAGUCCCACCCACAAACAGACAGCUGACCUGCCUGAACUCUUCAGCCAGCUGGGGCUGGGCAAAUACAUCGAUAUCUUCCAACAGCAGGAGAUUGACUUCCAGACAUUCUUAACACUCACUGAUGAGGAUCUGAAAGAAGUGGGGAUUUCAACUUUUGGUGCAAGGAGAAAAAUGCUGCUUGCAAUUUCAGAUUUCAGUAAAAGUAAAAAGAAGCUUUUGGAUCCGCCUACAGUGCGACCAGGCUACCUGGAAGGCGGGGCCAGUGGGAGGCUGCCUCGGAUAGCGGACAUGGACAUUGCUGCUCAAAGCAACCGCUGGUAGCGAGUGAGGGAGAGAGAAAGGGAUGUGACCUUCUCCCUGCGCAAUAAUGAACUGCUUCUGCCACUGGCUCUUUGUGUUCACACAUCACAUAAGAACUUUUAUUUAGGGCUUUUAAUCUACAUAAGAUAUGAAAGUGCUGACAAAAACUGUUUGAAUCAUUUUGAGACCAGCAGGGGGCAGACUGACGGCAAGAACCAAUUUGACAUGGCUGCCCCUAGAGGUUGGUACCAAACCCAGAGUUGGAAGUGUUCAAAACACUAUAACACUAUACCACACUGUCCCUCAACUUGUAAUGACUGCAGCUUGAGGUGAAGCUCAGAAUGACUGUUGGGGUGUAGAGGGCAGCAAACAAGAAGACGGAAAAGUGGCCCAAUACUGUAUAUCGGUGUAUGUUCUGCUUCUGCCAGCAAGGGUCACUCUAGAACAAAGUGGAAUGAAUAUACUUGUAUAAGAGGGGAAUAAGUAGGCUUUUUCAUCAUUGUCUGUAGUCCUUCUUGACAUUUAAAUAGUGGUUUGAUUAUUAAAUUCAUUUCAAAGGUGUACUGAAUAAAACCAUUUACAAGUACCAGUAUAUUUAGUCCAGGGGUCUCCAACUCUGGUCCUGGAGAGCCCCUAUCAAGCAGGUUUUAUAGGUGUCUUUACGUCAAUGGCUAAAGAUCUGG